GAGUGGCAGCACACAGAAAACUUUGUUAGCUUCUUCGCUAACAUCACAACAUCGUCUUCUGAGACAUGACGGCAGCGUGAAGCGACAUGUCAAGAACCAUGGAGAGGAUGGGCUGCCAAGGCGACGAUGAUGGAGACAUGUGCAAAUGGGCCACUUCAGUGCUACUGAACAGCAAACAUGAAAUCAGCGCUCGAGUGCAGCAGUUUGUGGAAGAGAGGAUGCAGACUACCAUGCUCACUGGUGUGCUGAUAGGAGCUGCAGUUGCCGUCUCAAUGAUUGGCAUCGUGGUCCUCUUCCUGUACAGGAGAUACAAGCUUGGCCGUAAACAACAGCCUGGUGUUCCUCAGUAUCGCUUCAGGAAACGAGAUAAAGUGCUCUUCUAUGGAAGGAAGAUCAUACGAAAGGUCCAGACGUUGUCGUUGAUUCCCCCCCCCACCUCCACCUCAGUAUCAAAGCAGCCGCAGCGCAUUCGCAAACGAACCAAAGUCCUAAGCAUAGCUCGCAAAAUCCUUCGGAUCCGUAAAGACCCUCCCAUCCUGCAGCCCAAGGAACCCCCUCCCUCACUGCUGGAGGCUGAUCUCACAGAGUUUGAUGUGCAGAGCUCCAACCUGCCCUCUGAGGUCCUCUACAUGCUGAAGAAUGUCAGGGUCUUGGGACAUUUUGAGAAGCCCCUGUUCCUGGAGCUGUGUCGACACAUGGUGUCAAUCGAGCUGCAGGAAGGCGAAGGUCUGUUCAGGCCGGGAGACGAUGACGACAGCAUCUACGUGGUGCAGAAUGGACGACUCGAGCUCUGUAUCCAGGAGAGCGAUGGUACAGAGCCAGUUGUGAAGGAUGUGCAUCCAGGAGACAGUGUCCACAGCCUGCUCAGCAUCCUGGACAUCAUCACUGGUUAUCCAGCUCCAUAUAAGACUGUGUCAGCCCGAGCUGCAACCCACUCCACCAUAUUACGUUUACCUGCGUCUGCCUUUGAGUCAGUUUUCAAGAAAUACCCAGAGACGCUCGUGCGCGUCAUUCAGAUAAUAAUGGUGCGCCUGCAGAGAGUCACCUUCUUGGCGUUGCAUAACUAUCUGGGCCUGACAACUGAGCUCUUCAAUCCGGACAACCAGGCAGUGCCCUUAUGCAACAUAAACAGUGUUAUGGCUGAGGCAAAUUCUGGGAAGAUGACUCGUCGGGUUCACAUUCAGGACGAGUUACCUGCUGGGACCAUGGAAGGCACUGCAGAAUCAGAUGGUGGGAAAGAAAGCCCAUCAAACAGCUACAGGAGGCAGCGGGCCAUCAGCAUGCCCACCGACUGCACAGGCAAUGACCUGAACAUGGCUUGUGAACGAGCUCGAGUCACGAUAGAUGAGCCUCCAUCCAGUCCUGUGACUCAGAAGUCCAGUCUGAAGAAGAGGGUGACGAUGCUGCCCACGCCCUCUGCAGUGUUUCACUACACAGACAGUGGGGGGCAGUCUGAUGCCAUCCACCUCAGUAAGAGCAGCACAAUCCUCCAGGCCGCUAAGAGAGACCUGCUGGGAAUCAUGCAGCUGCAGGAUCCGACUCUGCUCGAGGGCAGAGUCACGCUUCAACAAGUCAAAGCAGGUUCUGUGGUGGCUCGUCAGGGAGACCAGGAGGUGAGCAUCCAGUUUGUGAUUUCCGGAAUGCUCCACGUUUACCAGCGGAUGAUUGACCGCGAAGAAGAGACGUGUCUGUUUGUGACGCACCCUGGGGAGCUUGUUGGCCAACUAGCUGUCCUGACAGGAGAGCCCCUCAUAUUCACUGUCAAAACUCAGCGAGACUGCAGCUUCCUCUCCAUUUCCAAAACCCACUUCUAUGAGAUAAUGCGUGUGGAGCCAAAAGUUGUGCUGAAUGUUGCUCACACAGUGGUGAAGAGGAUGUCGUCUUUUGUCAGACAAAUAGAUUUCGCUCUCGACUGGAUGGCCGUGGAGGCUGGCAGGGCUGUCUACAGGCAGGGAGAGAAAUCCGACAGUACGUUCAUAGUACUGAGUGGCCGACUUCGCUCUGUAAUCAUGAAAGAGGACGGCAAGAAGGAGCUGAUACAAGAGUAUGGACGCGGUGACCUUUUUGGAGAGGUCGAAGCCCUGACCCAUCAGAACCGAGCCACCACCGUGCACGCUGUACGGGACUCUGAGCUGGCCAAGCUACCGGAGGGCGCUCUCAGCUCCAUCAAGAGGAAGUUCCCACAGGUUGUCACCAGGUUGAUCCACCUACUGGGACAGAAGAUCCUCCACCAGCAGGUCAACGGUCCUCUGACAACUCGCAGUUUGGCGGUCCACACUCCCGGCAGUAAAUGGGACGCAGGGAACCAAGCAUCCAACCUCUCAACUGUGACCGUCCUUCCUGUUUCAGAGGAGGUCCCUCUGACUGCCUUCACCCUGGAGCUGCAGCAUGCGCUCAUCGCAAUAGGCCCCACUCUUCUGCUGACGAGUGAAGUCAUCAAACAGCAACUUGGAGUUGCAGCACUCGACAGCGUCCAUGAGUACCGUCUGUCCAGCUGGCUGGGCCAACAGGAAGACCUCCAUCGUAUAGUUCUUUACCAGACUGACUACACUCUGACGCCGUGGACACAGCGGUGCAUCCGUCAGGCCGACUGCAUCAUCAUUGUGGGAAUCGGGGAGCAGGACCCUGCUGUCGGGGAGCUGGAGCGCAUGUUAGAGGGAAGUGCAGUACGUGCUCAGAAGCAGCUGGUGCUGUUGCACAGAGAAGACGGCCCCCAGCCCAAAGGAACUGUGGACUGGCUGAACAUGCGAAGCUGGAUCUCCAGACACCUUCACCUCUCCUGUCCCCGAAGGGUCUUCUCUAAGAGGAGUCUGCCCAAACUGUUGGAGCUGUAUCAGCGUGUGUUUGAGAAGCCAGCAGACCGACACUCUGACUUCUCCCGCCUGGCUCGCGUCCUCACGGGCAAUGCCAUCGCCCUUGUUCUAGGAGGAGGAGGAGCAAGGGGCUGUGCCCAAGUGGGGGUCAUGCGAGCUCUCAGCGAGGCCGGCAUCCCGAUAGACCUCAUUGGCGGCACUUCCAUCGGGUCCCUAAUGGGGGCACUAUAUGCUGAGGACCGCAGCCACAGCCGCAUGAGGAUGAGGGCCAAAGAAUGGGCAAUGGAAAUGACAUCAGUGUAUAAGAAGAUUCUGGAUUUAACAUACCCGGUCACCUCCAUGUUUUCCGGAGCUGCCUUCAACACCAGCAUCAGCAACGUCUUCAAGAGUAAACAGAUCGAGGACCUUUGGAUCCCGUAUUUCAACAUCACCACUGACAUCACUGCCUCGACCAUGAGGGUCCACACUGACGGCUCUUUGUGGCGAUACGUCCGCUCCAGCAUGUCUCUCUCUGGGUAUCUCCCUCCUCUCUGCGACCCCAAAGAUGGACACUUGCUGAUGGACGGAGGCUACAUCAACAACCUGCCCGCUGAUGUGGCGUGCUCCAUGGGGGCCAAAGUGGUGAUUGCUAUUGACGUGGGCAGCAGGGAUGAAACCAACCUCACUAAUUAUGGCGACUCACUCUCAGGCUGGUGGCUGCUAUGGAAACGCCUCAACCCCCUAGCUGAGAGAGUAAAGGUGUUGAACAUGGCAGAGAUUCAGACGCGGCUGGCUUACGUGUGUUGCGUGAGGCAGCUGGAGUUGGUGAAGAACAGCGACUACUGCGAGUACAUCAGGCCGCCAAUCGACAGAUACCGCACUCUGGAGUUUGGAAAGUUUGAUGAGAUUUCGGAGGUGGGAUACCAGCACGGCAAGACUGUGUUUGAUGUUUGGAUUCGCAGCGGAGUGGUGGAGAAAAUGUUGAAAGACAGACACCAGGAGGACUUCCACAACACCCAAAGCAAGAACAGUGUGGUGACGUGUCCCAACGCUUCCUUCACUGACCUGGCAGAAAUCGUGUCUCGCAUCGAGCCAGUAAAACCUGCUGUGGUGGAUGAUAAACAGGAGUCCGACUACCACACCGACUAUGAUGAGGAGGCGAUGGAGAGCGCUCCGUCCGACAUGGAGCUGUACAGUCGAUCCGGCGAGCACACUGAUUGGGAGGAGACUGGUGACACAGAUGAAGAUCUGGAUAUGAGUCGCAAACGUCGCAUAACCAAAUUCACUGCCAGCGAGUAGGAGGAAGUGGCCCGGACACUCCACUGGAUGUGCCGUCAAACCAGGAAGUCCUUUCCAGUCCAUGAAGUGAAGACAGCACCAACGACCUCUGAAGGAGCAGGUCAUCACGAUUUAACCUGCCUCUCGUCGCCUUACAUUCCCCUCCACUUUGUCCCACGUCACUCAAAACCUCCUCCUCCCUCCCCUGAGACUAUUACUGGACCGUGAUUCCCAGUGCGCCCACUGUACUGGGCCUCGUUAGCCGUGUGGCUCACAAGCUCAAUGCUCAGCCCCUGAAACAACUUCCCACGGGCGUCAAGAACAAGGUUUACUCACAUUCACAUCUUAGUCUAAACAGGAGCAGCUGAAAGCUUCAUUAUUUCUCAUGUUGAGAGUCGAGAUUACUUCCUGUAGCUUUACAUGCAUUAAACAAGUCCGAUGGAAGAUGAGAAGAAGAUAGAAAACACCCCUGAAAUAUUUAUCACAUGAAACCUAUGAGUCUUUGUUGAUUACAUUCGGAAAACAGAAGUUACAGAGUCAGUUCACUAAAAUAGAAGAAAAGUUUUUAGUCAUCUAGACAUGUAGAUCGCUUUUACAUCAACAUCAGUGAGAUUAAACUCACUAGGGAUUCCAAUAUUAGAUAAAAAACAGAAACCUAGAUGAUUAAAUAUGUUACUCCGAGUCCCUGGAAUUAUUCCUCCUCAUCCGUGCUGACUGCAUAUUGAUGCCUUUAGUGUUUUAGGAGCUUAAAUUGAGCCUGAACCAAGAAGUGCAUGAUUAGUGAGCCCCGGUGAACUGUGUCUUGUAAUCUUAGCUGUCUUUGCAGAGUGUAUGGGGAUCGGGGUGGGAAGAGGAUCGCUUCAUUCACCGAGUGUGCCACAGAUUCUGUCAAAUACGCAUGAAAUGUCGGAUUUUACCGGGAGACGAGGGACGAACUGCACACUCUUCAUUCUGACAGAGAACACGUACCUCCGCCAAGGCUCAACAAUCCCACAUUUAGAUUCUUCUGGAUUCGACCCUUGAUCUGAAUCCACGCCACAUUGUAUUGGGUUCUCUCUCCUCACCCAGACCACAUCCUCUCACCAAGCUCCGUGGUAACCGUUCAGUACAGAAUUAGGUUUAAGUUCAAAUGACUCUUUAAAAGUCUGAUUUUAUUUCUUUCAAGGAUAUGGAAAGAGUUGAAAAAGUGCGAAUCUAAAUCCUCUCAUUUCCUUGUUUUUGCCUUUCUGUCCUUGUUUUGUAGACGCAGUUUAAGUUGUGAUCAUCAACUGUCUCUCUGCAAUCAACACCAAUUAAAAAAAAAUUAUGCACAGCGGCUAUAUUGCAUCAGCGGGACAGUUCUUCACUUCUUCACAGGGACAUCCUGUCGCGUUAUUGUCCAAAACGUCUCUCAGCUGCUUCUCACUGAUUUGGAUCUAAUUCAGUUUUUGUUAAAACGGCAAAUGAAGAAAACCCAGAUGUUGAUACGUACAUGUUUUAUGGUCAAAGUAGUGAAUAAUUCACUAUGUUUAAUAUUUAAAGCAAGAAUGUAUACAGCCUCAGCGGUACAUACAUUUGUGCACUAGUCACAACAGUUGGACAAUCAUUCCACAAACGCAAUGCAAUGCACAAUUAAACUAACUGUUCUAUAGCCUUGAUUUAACAUGAGUCUCUGUCAUUCUAUAGCAUUUAAUAUAACCAACUAUAAUAAUGAAAGAUCUAUGUGAUUGUAAUUAAUUUAACAGAUUAAUCUUUAAGUCUAUAACAUGUAAAAAAAACAAUAUAUAAAUUAAUGUCAAAAUUUUGUUCAGAUCACACUGAUGCUCAGUUUCAUAUAAUGUGCAACAAAUGUGUAAAAACGUCUGAGAAUCUGGAAUCGUCAAAUAAAAAAACCACCUAAAAGUUGGAUAAAUGUGAUUUUCAAAACAGUUGGAUUAGUUUCCUCUCAUUUUAAACAGAGAUCCUGUUAUAUUGCCUUUGAGGAGACCCGUCCUUGGGGCAUGGUCCCACUCAUGAAUGUAGCAGUGGAGAAACUCCCCCACCCACGUUCACGUCCAAUCUGUGCGACCGAGGACGUGAAUAAAACAUUUGCUGCCCUUGGCAAAGCCAUUCCACAGCAUGGCUCAGUGGAGAUUUCCACUUUGAACUUUGACCUGCAGCGUUCUCCUCAUCCAGGGACGUGUGAUCGUUCUCCUCUGCAGCUUCUGCUCGUUUACACUGAACCAAAAGAACCAAGACAUAGAUUUAAUUCAACUUCCUCCUUUUACACAGACAUGGAUCUUACUCUGACUACCUCCACUGCCGACACCAAGGCAGAGCAAAGCCCCCUGACUCGUGUGUCUUUACCUUUUAU